UGAGGUGCCGCUGACUUCCGUGUUUGUGGUGGAAAAGAACGAGUGUGUUUGUCAGUGAGAAGAGCGAGAAAGAGAAAAGGCAAGAGAUAAGAGACAGAAAGAUGUCAGAAACGGAUCCGAAGUCGGUGCAAGAUCUCACGGCGGUGGUGCAGACACUGCUCCAGCAGAUGCAGGACAAGUUCCAGACGAUGUCAGACCAGAUCAUCGGUAGGAUUGAUGAGAUGAGCACCCGGAUUGAUGACCUUGAGAAGAACAUCGCAGACCUGAUGACCCAAGCUGGGGUAGAGGAGGUGGAGGGAGAGAGCAAGACACAUGAGGGGCAGGAGUCACAGUGAAGGUUGAACGAUCAAAGAAGGCUUCCCCACAAGUUGUUGUUUCUGAUUAUGAUUGUCUGUAUAAAGUUAAUUUUGUUUUGAAGUAGGUUUUUGAAAGCUCAGUAUUCUGAGAUGUGAAAUCACAGCUUAUGACAGCGGGGUUGUUAACUUAAGGAUACCAUUCUAGCUUUCUCUACGUGCUUCUGCUGCCGUUCCUUUGACUACAGCUGACACUGCUCCUCCUCCUGCAUGGGAUGUGACUGGGCAGGGGGAGUGGCAGCUUGAAGCUUGGCAGCCGGACUCAUCGUCUUCUGACAGGAGAUGGAGGAACAGCAGCAGUGUCUCGCGGUGGCCCUCUGGUGUGAUACAUCACAGAUAGCAGACAUCCAACAUUACUGUGACUGCAUAGCACCACCUGCGCUUCACUGAGCUCCAGGAACAUGUUGUAAUCUUGACAGUUCACCUGCUAAAGGCCUUCUAACACUUACUGUUUAACGGUCCACACAUAGAGGAUGUGACUGUAGUGCUCUGUGUUGUGGAAGAGCAUGCUGGAAAGUGUGGCACUAAGUUGUUUGCACUAUUGAAAAACACUGACACAUUUGGAAGAAUUGUUAAAGUUUAUAGUUCAUACAAUUCCUGAAAAUGACCUGAUAUUGGGGAGUAACGUGAAGCACCUCUUUCUAUGCGUAAUAAACAGGCUUGGACUACA